AUGGACGGAUUAAACGAUUGUCGCACAGCCAGAGUGGCCGAGUUACUGGCCGACUUCCGAACCCUGCAGUACUACAUCGCCGCGGCGCCGGCCGAGCCCGACAACGUCGAAGACUACUAUACCGAGGGCUGGGCCGCGCUGCGGCAGUGCGCCGUCGACGGCCAUCACAUCCUCGAGUGCGCUGCCGACACGAGAGUGCCCGUGGCCCAGGGCGGAGCGCAGGAGCAGACCAAGGCAGAGUUGAAGCAGGUUCUUCUAGACGCCUUUUCCCGACGUCACGAGGGUCAAAAGAUAUAUCUGCGUCAAGGCGCCGCCCAACGCUGGAUCGAGUCUCGCAACAACAUGCUGCAGGGCCAGCGUCCAUUCCCGGCCGCCGAGCCUCACCUACGGGCCUGCGACAACCAGCUUCGCGUGGAACUUGUUUCCAUCACCGACGAGUUCGUUUAUGCCGAGCUUGCCACGUCUGAUCAGAUGCUCGGCCGCUGGACCACCGAGGACCCCAGCCUGAGGAGCGUGCGGCGCUGGCUGCAGGCUCGACAGCCUCGAGGAUGA